CGGUAUCGCCCACUACUUGCACGGAGAUAAGGCGGUGAGUGAUAAGACAGGAGCGGGAAAACGUUGUAGGUGGGAGUACAGUAAACGCCACAAUCCUUGCUCUCAGACACCAGCUCUAACACCUUCACCGGUAUUUUACUAAGCACACCACCAACAUGAGUGACGAAAAUAAGGCAGCCUUGGUGAUGGACAAUGGUUCCCACUUGAGCAAAACAGGUUUCUCCGGGGACGACACCCCCCACGCCAUCUUCCCCACUAUUGUCGGUAAUUGCCGCUUGAAGGGAGAUGCAUACGUGGGUGAGAAGGCGCGGAGCAAGCAAGGCAACCUCAUCCUGAAACACCCCAUCGAGCACGGUAUUGUCACCAACUGGGACGACAUGGAGAAGAUCUGGCACCACACUUUCUACAAUGAGCUCCGUGUGGUCCCAGAGGAGCACCCAGUCCUGCUGACGGAGGCCCCUGGUAAUCCCAAAUCCAACCGCGAGAAGAUGGCCCAGAUCAUGUUCGAAAUGUUUAAUGUUCCCGGCUUGAACGCCUGUAUUCCAGCCGUGCUGUCCCUUUACGCAGCAGGCCUCACCACUGGCGUGGCACUUGACUCUGGUGACGGCGUUACACACACCGUUCCCAUUUAUGAGGGUUUUCCUGUUCGGAAUGCCAUCCAGCGCCUAGACAUGGCUGGUCUUUAUCUCACUGACUACCUGCUAACCAUUCUGACAGAGAGAGGUUACCCUUUUGCUACCACUUCAGACCGGGACAUUGUGCGUGACAUCAAGGAGAAGCUGUGCUACGUUGCCCUUAACUUCGAAGAGGAAAUGGCCAGAUCAGAGCAGUCUACCCCUCUGGAGAAGACUUACGAGCUUCCUGACGGCCAGGUCAUCACCAUCGGCAACGAGAGGUUCCGCUGUCCCGAGGCUCUCUUCCACCCUUCCUUCAUGGAUUUGGAAAAAGUUGGUAUACAAGAAACCUUAUACAACUCCAUCAUGAAGUGUGACAUGGACAUCCGUAAGAACCUCUACGCCAAAAUCGUGUUAUCUGGAGGCAACACCACUUGUCCUGGCUUUGCUGAGAGAAUGGAGAAGGAAAUCACUACACUAGCGCCGUCAUCUAUGCAAAUUAAGAUCAUUGCACCGCCAGAACGCGGAUAUUCAGUCUGGAUCGGGGGGUCCAUCCUGGCCUCACUUUCCACCUUCAAGCAGAUGUUGAUCACUAAACAAGAGUACGACGAAUGUGGACCCUCAAUUGUCCACAAGAAGUUCUUUUAGAAUGAUAAAAACAUAUAAUUAACUAAGAAAAAAAAAAAUGUACGAUGCUGGACAUCUGUAUCCUUCUUUACGUUGAUGUUUGUUUAUUACAGUAAUUACAGUUAAUAGACUGAAUAUGAAUGCGGGCCAAAGGGAAGGAUCUGUGUCACUUGAUCAGUUGAUACUGUUGUGAUUUAGUUCUAACGCUGAUUCAUGUAUUGGAUAUGAUGUGUAUUGUAAGGUGUUCAGUAUCACGAGAUUUCUUGACAUGCAGGCUUCUGACGCGUACGACAUUUUUGUAAUUUAUUUUUCUAAGACAGUUACGGAACUUCCUACUGUGGCUUUUGUACUUAAUGAUGAGUGGGGUUGAGAUUAUUCAAAUAAGAUGAAUCAAUGAGAAAUAAUAAACUCAAACUAUG